AUGCUGCACGCCAAAAGGGAGAGUGCAAGCACGGGUAAAUGUGGCGAUGUUUCAAUCGUCUGGGAUGAUGUGGAGCAUUUGAAAGCGUCACAGCGUGAAUCUGCUUUUGAGUCGAAUCAAAAGCUGCUUUUGAGUCGACUCAAGAACAGGGAUGAUGUGGAGCAUUUGAAAGCGUCACAGCGUGAAUCUGCUUUUGAGUCGAAUCAAAAGCUGCUUUUGAGUCGACUCAAGAACAGGGAUGAUGUGGAGCAUUUGAAAGCGUCACAGCGUGAAUCUGCUUUUGAGUCGAAUCAAAAGCUGCUUUUGAGUCGACUCAAGAACAGGGAUGAUGUGGAGCAUUUGAAAGCGUCACAGCGUGAAUCUGCUUUUGAGUCGAAUCAAAAGCUGCUUUUGAGUCGACUCAAGAACAGGGAUGAUGCGGAGCAUUUGAAAGCGUCACAGCGUGAAUCUGCUUUUGAGUCGAAUCAAAAGCUGCUUUUGAGUCGACUCAAGAACAGGGAUGAUGUGGAGCAUUUGAAAGCGUCACAGCGUGAAUCUGCUUUUGAGUCGAAUCAAAAGCUGCUUUUGAGUCGACUCAAGAACAGGGAUGAUGUGGAGCAUUUGAAAGCGUCACAGCGUGAAUCUGCUUUUGACUCGAAUCAAAAGCUGCUUUUGAGUCGACUCAAGAACAGGGAUGAUGUGGAGCAUUUGAAAGCGUCACAGCGUGAAUCUGCUUUUGAGUCGAAUCAAAAGCUGCUUUUGAGUCGACUCAAGAACAGGGAUGAUGUGGAGCAUUUGAAAGCGUCACAGCGUGAAUCUGCUUUUGACUCGAAUCAAAAGCUGCUUUUGAGUCGACUCAAGAACAGGGAUGAUGUGGAGCAUUUGAAAGCGUCACAGCCGUCACAGCGUGAAUCUGCUUUUGAGUCGAAUCAAAAGCUGCUUUUGAGUCGACUCAAGAACAGGGAUGAUGUGGAGCAUUUGAAAGCGUCACAGCGUGAAUCUGCUUUUGAGUCGAAUCAAAAGCUGCUUUUGAGUCGACUCAAGAACAGGGAUGAUGUGGAGCAUUUGAAAGCGUCACAGCGUGAAUCUGCUUUUGAGUCGAAUCAAAAGCUGCUUUUGAGUCGACUCAAGAACAGGGAUGAUGUGGAGCAUUUGAAAGCGUCACAGCGUGAAUCUGCUUUUGAGUCGAAUCAAAAGCUGCUUUUGAGUCGACUCAAGAACAGGGAUGAUGUGGAGCAUUUGAAAGCGUCACAGCGUGAAUCUGCUUUUGAGUCGAAUCAAAAGCUGCUUUUGAGUCGACUCAAGAACAGGGAUGAUGUGGAGCAUUUGAAAGCGUCACAGCGUGAAUCUGCUUUUGAGUCGAAUCAAAAGCUGCUUUUGAGUCGACUCAAGAACAGGGAUGAUGUGGAGCAUUUGAAAGCGUCACAGCGUGAAUCUGCUUUUGAGUCGAAUCAAAAGCUGCUUUUGAGUCGACUCAAGAACAGGGAUGAUGUGGAGCAUUUGAAAGCGUCACAGCGUGAAUCUGCUUUUGAGUCGAAUCAAAAGCUGCUUUUGAGUCGACUCAAGAACAGGGAUGAUGUGGAGCAUUUGAAAGCGUCACAGCGUGAAUCUGCUUUUGACUCGAAUCAAAAGCUGCUUUUGAGUCGACUCAAGAACAGGGAUGAUGUGGAGCAUUUGAAAGCGUCACAGCCGUCACAGCGUGAAUCUGCUUUUGAGUCGAAUCAAAAGCUGCUUUUGAGUCGACUCAAGAACAGGGAUGAUGUGGAGCAUUUGAAAGCGUCACAGCGUGAAUCUGCUUUUGAGUCGAAUCAAAAGCUGCUUUUGAGUCGACUCAAGAACAGGGAUGAUGUGGAGCAUUUGAAAGCGUCACAGCGUGAAUCUGCUUUUGAGUCGAAUCAAAAGCUGCUUUUGAGUCGACUCAAGAACAGGGAUGAUGUGGAGCAUUUGAAAGCGUCACAGCGUGAAUCUGCUUUUGAGUCGAAUCAAAAGCUGCUUUUGAGUCGACUCAAGAACAGGGAUGAUGUGGAGCAUUUGAAAGCGUCACAGCGUGAAUCUGCUUUUGAGUCGAAUCAAAAGCUGCUUUUGAGUCGACUCAAGAACAGGGAUGAUGUGGAGCAUUUGAAAGCGUCACAGCGUGAAUCUGCUUUUGAGUCGAAUCAAAAGCUGCUUUUGAGUCGACUCAAGAACAGGGAUGAUGUGGAGCAUUUGAAAGCGUCACAGCGUGAAUCUGCUUUUGAGUCGAAUCAAAAGCUGCUUAUGAGUCGACUCAAGAACAGGGAUGAUGUGGAGCAUUUGAAAGCGUCACAGCGUGAAUCUGCUUUUGAGUCGAAUCAAAAGCUGCUUUUGAGUCGACUCAAGAACAGGGAUGAUGUGGAGCAUUUGAAAGCGUCACAGCGUGAAUCUGCUUUUGAGUCGAAUCAAAAGCUGCUUUUGAGUCGACUCAAGAACAGGGAUGAUGUGGAGCAUUUGAAAGCGUCACAGCGUGAAUCUGCUUUUGAGUCGAAUCAAAAGCUGCUUUUGAGUCGACUCAAGAACAGGGAUGAUGUGGAGCAUUUGAAAGCGUCACAGCGUGAAUCUGCUUUUGAGUCGAAUCAAAAGCUGCUUUUGAGUCGACUCAAGAACAGGGAUGAUGUGGAGCAUUUGAAAGCGUCACAGCGUGAAUCUGCUUUUGAGUCGAAUCAAAAGCUGCUUUUGAGUCGACUCAAGAACAGGGAUGAUGUGGAGCAUUUGAAAGCGUCACAGCGUGAAUCUGCUUUUGAGUCGAAUCAAAAGCUGCUUUUGAGUCGACUCAAGAACAGGGAUGAUGUGGAGCAUUUGAAAGCGUCACAGCGUGAAUCUGCUUUUGAGUCGAAUCAAAAGCUGCUUUUGAGUCGACUCAAGAACAGGGAUGAUGUGGAGCAUUUGAAAGCGUCACAGCGUGAAUCUGCUUUUGAGUCGAAUCAAAAGCUGCUUUUGAGUCGACUCAAGAACAGGGAUGAUGUGGAGCAUUUGAAAGCGUCACAGCGUGAAUCUGCUUUUGAGUCGAAUCAAAAGCUGCUUUUGAGUCGACUCAAGAACAGGGAUGAUGUGGAGCAUUUGAAAGCGUCACAGCGUGAAUCUGCUUUUGAGUCGAAUCAAAAGCUGCUUUUGAGUCGACUCAAGAACAGGGAUGAUGUGGAGCAUUUGAAAGCGUCACAGCGUGAAUCUGCUUUUGAGUCGACUCAAGAACAGGGAUGA